AUGCAUUUUGUUCGUGUGUCUGGUUCAAUUGGCCUAACAAGUCUUUGGAUAUCUCUAAUAUCCUACUUUUUAUCAUUUAUUCUUUAUUUAAUAUCAUUUUGUUUAUCGGAUUGGAUUGUUUAUGGAACAGUUCCAAUCAAAAUUGGUAUAUGGCGUUUAUGUGACAUUGAAGUUGCUGGUUAUGAUCGAUGUGCUGAUUGGAGUUCUCGUUCAUAUCCAACUAAUAUAACAAAUAAUGCAUUUCUUGGACCACCUGAUUUUGUUCGAACAAGUCAAUCAUUAGAAGUUGUUGCUUUAGUAUUUUAUGUUAUUGCUGGAAUUUUACUUGUCGUCGGUUUAUGUCAAAGAUCUAUGGGUUUAUUAUUUUUUGCAUCAUCUAUGUCAAUGUUUAUAACAGUCAUUUUUGCAUCAGCAACAAUUGGUUUAUUUGCUGCUCAAGGAAAAAAUACAUUUUCAGGUCAUUUAUCAUUUGCAUGGUGGUUAGCUCUUGUUGCUCUUUCUAUAUCAAUAAUUAGUGCGUUCUCACUGGUUGUUUUAUCAUUUUACAUAUUACCAUUACCUCCAACAAUUCAAAAUAAAAUGGCUGAAUCCAAUGGUAAAGUGUUUUAUCCAUCACCGCCUUAUUCAAGUAAUGUGUAUGCAGCACAUGAUAUAAGUAGUGAAUAUAUUCACUAA